AUGCGUCGGUCCGCAGCACGGGCUCCGCGGAGGGCACAGGGCGGCCCGCGGCCGGCGCCCGCCUUCCUGGCCCGUCUCCGACGGCGGCGGCGCGCGGGGGCCGAGGAGGCCGCGCCGGGCUCCGACCCGGGCGCCCCGACCGCCCCGACCGCGGCUCACGAGGGCCCUCUUGUGGGGACUCCCCCAAACAGCCCCGUCGGUGGUGCGCUUCCCCAGGCCCGGGCUGCUGCCCCCGUGACCCCUCACACCUUCCCACCGGGCUCAGACCCGGAGAGACUCAGCGGAGACCUCGGGCCUCCCUCCCUCCUUCCCUCCUCGGAGCCUGCACACUUCUGUGGCACGACCCGGCCCUCUGGGGGAGACCCGGUGGAGAGCCGGCCAGUCCCCAAGGCCCCGUGUGGACCUGGAGUCCCCGAGGUGCCGCCCCAGACUCCUCCUGGGCGCCUGUGCUGGGUUCUGCAGGGAGGCUUCGCCGCCACCUGGCCGGCGUCUUCCUUCUCGCCAACUCGCACGGCAGAGGCUGCUGGGGCAGCAGGGGGCGGCCGCCUGCGCUGGGAACCCCGCUGUCAGCACCCCCUGCCGGACAGAGUGCCCGGCACUGCGAUCCUGCCCCCGCGCCUCGACGGGCCCUGGAUCUCCACUGGCUGCGAGGUGCGGCCUGGACCGGAGUUCCUCACCCGCUCCUACACCUUCUACCCCAGCCGCCUCUUCCGAGCCUACCAGUUCUACUACCGGGACCCCUUCUGCCGGGAGCCUGCCCACUCGCUGCUCAUCAAGGGCAAAGUCCGCCUGCGCCGGGCCUCCUGGGUCACCCGGGGCGCCACGGAGGCUGACUACCACCUGCACAAGGUGGGCAUUGUCUUCCACAGCCACCAAGCCCUGCUCGAUGUCACUGGGCGCCUCAACAAGACCCGGGCCGGCCAGGACUGCGCCCGGCGGCUGCCCUCCGCCCGGGCCUGGCUGCCGGGGGCGCUGUAUGAGCUGCUGAGCGCCCGGGCCGGGGGUGGCUGUAUGGCGGCCCUGGGCCUCACCAUGCACGAGCUCAGCCUGGUCCGCAUGCAGCGCUACCUGCAGCCCCAGCCCGAGGCCGCGUCCCGGCCGGUGGAGGAGCUGUACCUGGGGGACAUCCACACAGACUGGGCAGAGAGGCAGCAAUACCGGCCCACCGGCUACCAGAGCCCACUGCAGAGCGCCCUGCACCACGUGCGGCCCUGCCCGGCCUGCGGCCUGGUGGCCCGCGCCGACGUGCACCACCCGCCCGCGCUGCCCGCCCGGCUGGCGCUGCCGCUGCGGCUGGGCGGCCGCUGGGUGAGCGCGCGCUGCGAGGUGCGCCCGGCCGUGCUGUUCCUCACGCGCGCCUUCGCCUUCCACGCGCGCAGCCGCUCCUGGGAGGGGCGCUACCACCACUUCUCCGACCCCGCCUGCCGGCAGCCCACCUUCACCGUGUUCGCGGCCGGCCGCUACAGCCGGGGCGCGCCGUCCGCCAGGGUCCGCGGCGCCACCGAGCUGGUGUUCGAGGUCACGCGGGCCCACGUGACGCCCAUGGACCGGGGCACCGCGGCCAUGCUCAACCUCUCGGAGCCCAGCAGCUGCGGGGGCCCCGGGGCCUGGACCGUGGGCACCGAGCGGGACGUCACAGCCACCAACGGGUGCCUGCCGCUGGGCAUCAGGCUCCCGCACGUGGAGUACGAGCUCUUCAAGGUGGAGCACGACGCCUUGGGGCAGAGCCUGCUCUUCAUUGGACAGAGGCCCACGGACGGGUCCAGCCCGGACACCCCAGAGAAGCGCCCCACCUCCUACCAGGCGCCGCUGGUGCUCUGCCGCGGGGACGCGCGCGACCCCUCGGGGCCCCCGCGGCACGAGCCGGGGCGCACGGCCCCCCGCGGCCGGGGCCCGGACCCCCGCGCGGCCCCUCUGCCCCUCCUGGCCCUCGUGCUGGGGGCGGCCUUCCUCUGGUGGCCGUGA